AAAAGCAAUACAAGUAUUAUCGCUCUGCUAAAAAAAAAACAAAAACAAAAAAAAAACACACACACACAUACAUACUCCGUUAAAAAAAACAUCUUCACCCAGGUUUAAUACUGCCCAGACAUGAACCGGCACCGUGAGUUGGCUCGGCCGCAACCGACACAUGACCAGUGACGUCCCGUUCCCAGAAUGCAAUCUGGUAAACAGACAUGGAAGCACCAGGUGAAGACCUCCUUAGAAGCUGAACACUGCAUUCGUUUCCCUCCCACCGUCCUGUUUGUCAUUCACCCCGUGCAUCCAGUUGCUGUUCAUCGGCCUUGGGACACAUUUAGAGCUCCGGUACCCACAGUCUCGGUAUCCUCUCCAGUGUGUGUACCAGCCUGCAACACCCAAACUGAUGAGGAUUGGCUAAUCAAAUUAAAAAUAACCUUCUUGUUUCUUGUUGUAUCAAGCGGAAAGAAUGUCGGAAAGGGCCGAGGAUGACGUCAGGGGGGAGCAGCGCCGAGCGGCCAGGCAGCAGCUGAAGCAGCAGCAGAUCCAGCGGGGAGAAGGCUCCACAGCAAUGGCGACUGUUGCGGAGCGGAGAUCGCUGCCUAGUCCUGAAAUAAUGCUGGGACAGCCUUGGAGCAGCUGGAUCGACGCCGCCAAACUGCACGGACACGACGGUGCUGGAUCGGAGGAAAGUUUCAAAGACUUGGGGAAAAAUCGAGAAGCCAUGCGUUUGUGCAGAGAAGACAUGCCCAUAUUUGGUCAGUGUCCCGCACAGGACGACUUCUACCUAGUGAUGUGCAGCCACUGCGGUCAUGUGGUCAAGCCACAAGCCUUUCAAGCACACUAUGAGAGAAGGCACAGUUCUACCAGCAAGCCGGCCUCCACGUCGCCCUUCCCGGUGUCGGGCAGAAACCGAAGUGCUGGCAGCGGACUAAGCUCGGGGACCCUGGCCGGAGUAACAAGUGGCGGAAUCCUCGGGCGGACAUCCUCCGCCGUCACCAGCGUGUCGUCAUCAUCUUCAUCAUCAUCCUCCAAUCCAAAAUUUCAGAAAUCAGCCAAAGAAAAACCGCAAGGCAUUCAGAGAAGACCUCCCCUCGCCCCAUUUAGGAUGAGCCAGUCUGACAAAAGCCUCACCCAAGCUGUUAAGGUGGAGAAGAUGCAUCUAAAGGUGGACUCGUCAGCUAAGCUGGUGCAGGCUCCAUCCACCCCCGCUGCCUCCUCCUCCUCCUCUACGCCCUCCUCUAACACCACUGUGAGCACUGCCGUCAUCACGACUUCCACGUCCUCAUCAUCAUCAUCAUCAGCCCCUAAACCAGGCCUUAACUGUCCCUCCAUACCAAAGCCCCCAUUGCUGGUAUCUGGUCCGAUUCCCAACGGCAAGGGCCUUCCCGCAGACAAGAAGCAGGACAGCAGCACCAGUAGCAAACGCCACGUUAACAAGAAGGUGUCAGAGCGUGAGUUCAAUCCUGACAUUCACUGUGGCGUUAUGGAUGCUACAGGCAGGAAACCCUGCACAAGAUCACUAACAUGCAAGACACAUUCCUUAAGCCAUCGGAGGGCCGUGCCUGGACGUAGGAAGCGCUUCGACAUAUUGCUGGCAGAACACAAGAACAGAACAAGAGAGCGGGAGAGGGAACGAGAACUGCUCCAAACGCAUUCCCAGCAAACUGCCCCUCUCAGGGACCCACACCCCUCUCCCCAGCUUGCCCCUGGCCAUGACACCCACCCUGUUUCUCAUGGCAACGGACCAGCCCCUGAUACCACAAAGCCUUUGUCACUCGGAAAGCCCAAAUUUCACAGUCCUGGUCUUCCACGACUGAACAACUGUCAUGCUGGAGGUUCCUCUGGAGAUCCUUCAGUAGUCCACGAGUCACCGCACUAUGCCCAGUCUGCCCCAGAUGCUUUAUCCAGACCCUCGAGUGAUGAGGGAGAGAAUGAGGAGCGGGAAGACGGCGCAGACAAACUGGACUGUCUCUAUUCAGGUUACCACCCACGACCGGCAGCUUACUGUACCUUUGGAAGUCGUCUGAUUGGGAGAGGCUUUUAUCCCUUUGAUAGGCGAUGGGACAGAGUGCGAGGUGCCCUAACCACGAUGAUGGAAAAGCACGUUAACUCUCAGAUGUGGAAGAAAAUCCCCCUGGCCUUGGAGAAUUCCUCUCUUGGAGCCCAUAGGACAAGCACAAAUUCCCACAGUAGCACUCCCUCGUCAGGCUUCCUGAGCCCCCCGGCAACCUUGCCCCAAUCUCCCUAUAGCCAAUCUAGUGAGAGCAAGUCAUCGCUCUCCUAUGGGACCACCUUAAACGCUCACAGCUCCUUUCAGGGCGGGCCUGAGCACCCGGUCUAUGGCACCACGCAGGCCAGACAAGUGUCUUCGUUGCCGCAGAUGCCUUCAACCCACUUGUCCUCAGCCUCGUCUUCUUCAGCUCCUUCCCCAGCCUCAGGCCGGGCACCGAAGUCACGUUCAUCCAGCAGCAGCACCUCUACCAAAUCAUCUUCCUCAUCCUUCAAACCCAAGGAGAUCUCUUCUUUCUCCUCCACACCUGCCAUACCCAACUCCACCAGUGGAGGAAGCACUGGAGCAAACAUUAACAGUAGCAGCACUAGCUUUAGCUCGGGAAAGAAGAGGAAGAACAGUUCUGUCAUUUCUUCAUCCCAUUGCUCUUCUGAAUCCUCUUCUAAUGCCAGUUUCUCUUCAUCCUCCCCCUCAUUCAAGAAGAACUGUGCAAAUGUCGGCAGCUCAGGGAGCACCUACCAUCAUAGCUCAUUAGGACCUUCAUCUUCGUUAUCGUCCUCUCAUAGUGGAGUUCACAGUGUGGGCCUAAACUGUGGCCCCAGUGUGCGGACCAACUCACUUAGUCUCAAGGCAGAGCCUUCUGGAGGCUCAGCAGGUGGUUCCUCUGGGCCACUGGCACGAGGUCCUCCCUCAGGCAGCCCCGCAGAGUCCAUAAAGCGUAUGAGUGUAGUAAUGAACAGCAGUGACUCAACACUUUCUCUGGGGCCUUUUGUCCAUCACCAGCCCACCUCCUCAUCAGACCACCACACCACCUUUAGUCACCACUCCUCAGAUGGGCGCCUGGAGGCUAAGAAGCGCAAAAGCUCUUCUGCUUCCAGUGGCAUUAACAGCGGAGGUGGUAGUCUAGGAAGGGAAGGAGCGGCAGGAGGAACUGGACCGGGCAGACCCAAAAUAACAAAGUCCCCUGCUCUUAAUAAUAUCCAUGGGAAGCAUGGUCGAAGCAUUCCAGGGACGCCAGGUCUACCCAACAAUUCUCAUUUACAUCAGCCAAAAGCUCGUCCCUGACAGCGACUUCCUGCCUCUGCGAUGGAAACGGGCAGACGGAGAAAAGUCCAGAGUUGUCUGCAAGCUGUUCUGGACUGCACGAGGCCUUGUGAAAAAAAAUCCACAUGACUCUCAGCUUCCCACAAUCCUCAGGGUGGAGAUGAUCUGGACUGCCCAGUGAAGUAGAUGUGGUCCUUACUUUUUCUCCCAAAGCCAUGUGUGUGUGUGUAUGUGUGUGUGUCUGAAGAGAGGUGGAUGGGCAGAGGUACUGAAUGCAGCGUAGAAAUCCCCCCUACCUGGGUCGUGUCCCAGUAAUCCGAGAGGUCUUCCCAGCUGUGUAGGAGGUAGAGGGGACACAACAUGCCGAUCUUUUCUGUGUAAGGUGAAGAGCGAAUGUGUAAAUGUGUUUUUUUUUUUUUCCCCCCCCAUGUCAAAUUUUGCUGGAGUCCCCAACUUAGUUACACCCCUGUCGCCUGAUCUCAGAAGCCUUGCAAGGAGCUGGAGGAGAAGCAAAGUGAUAAUUGCGACACCUUAAACAACACUCAACAACGUUUUUUUAAUGUUUGUUACAGUUUGAUACAUUCAAUAACCUCGGGUUACAUGCAGUCACCCAUGACAAGCCCCCCAGCGGCUAAUCUGGUCAACCCUAUAAUCAUCCAAAAAAAUUAUGCAAGUUUUACCUUUGUCUGAUUUCUUAUGAGCUUUUACACUGUACUACAAAGGGUCUUUACAGACUUGGUGAAGACAGGUUGUGCUUUUAAAUGUGAAUAAGGACACCUGAUGUGCCCAUUGGAUUCAUUCUUUUGUUGGAGAGAAAGGCCUGCCCCUGAGCGGACACACGUUAGUUCCCUGAAUCGGCAUUGUGCAAAAAACAACAAACAAAGCAACACACACUACUUAUCUGUCCACAGUGCUCGCCAAAAGCUGCCACAGCUUUGCCAACUACUUUUAUUUUUGAUACAAAGGGGGAUGGGGGAGGGGGUCAGCUCAUGAAGAAGUAAUAGGUGCAAUGUAGAUAUGAGGAAAACCUGAGCAAGCUGUGUUGUUACAGCCACAACUUACCUACUUUAUCCCCACAAAGCUGUUAAAUUCUCAGCUACGUGCGGGCAGAUGUUAAUUGUACUGUUUAUUUCUGGUUUUACAUGGAGUCAGGUAUGGUACGUCUCAACUGGAACAAACUUGCACGUCUGCUUGCCUUCUUCUGUGGGGUUUAAUUGUCCUUCCCAGUGUCUAACCACUACCAAAUCUCUGGGUGUUACUUUCUCAGCGCCUCGCUUCAAGCAGCACACUGUGGUUUGGGUAGGGAUGUGGCUGUUGACUAUGGAGUGCCAAAACUGCAGAUAUGUAAUAAAUAAAUCCUUAAGUAUUAUUUAUACACCAUUCAAAUAAAAUACGCAUAAUUAUUAUGUCAAUCUCUUGCAAAAUAUAUGGUUCAAAUUCCAUGUGAAUUAAGUAUGAAGCCAUAACUUGUUAAAGUCACAUAAUUAUUUCAGUAUUCACUCAUUUCAUGGUUUCUUUGCUGCGGUGCACCAUGCAGUAAUUCAAACUGUCACUGUGACUCAUCAAACACAGAAUCUGGCAUCUGAUUGGUUACUUUUACAGUAGGUCCCGCCCACUCACUUUAAUGGAUAAUGCUGCCCACUAAAAUAAGUUCAUGAUGUGCUGCAGCAUCCAACCAUGUCACAAUUGGUUUAAUAAAUGUUUGUUUUAAUAAUUAAAACGAAUAUUCAAUUCUGUAGUUAAUUAUAUCUUUAACAAAUGUUUUAUGUAUUUGAUUGCAAUUAUCUUUUAUCAAAUGUAGGCACUUUUGGAUCUCCAUAUGACCGGCAUAUGCUAAAACAGGUUGAGCUGAAUAAAAUGGUAUGUAUUCGAAAGGUUGUUUCAGUUAUUUGAUUAAAAAAGUGAAACUCAAGUAAAGACACUGUGAUACAUUAAUAUAAGAUUUAUUUCUAUUCAGUUGGGAGAUUACGGCUUACAGCCAAUGAAAAACUAAUGUUCAGUUUCUUGUUUAAUCAGAACAUUGCAUAAGACCAAUAAAAAUGGGACGUUUAAUAGAGAGAUGUUGCCUACUGAAAAGUAUGUCCAUGUACUGCACAGUAUAUGUAUAUGCACUUAGUUCUUGGUCUUGUUGGAUGAAUUACUGCAUCAGUGCAGUGUGAGAAGGAGGAGAUCCUCCUGUGGCUCUGGUGCGCUGUUCAGGAAGCCCAGGUUGCUUUAAUAGUGACCUUCAGCUUAUCUGCGCUGGUUCUGGUGUCUCGUCCUCUUGACAAUACUCCAUUGAUUCGCUGUGUGGUUCAGGUCAGGAGAGUUUGCUGGUCAGUCAAGCACAGUUAUAACAUGGUCAUUAAAGCAGCCUUUGGUACUUUAGGCAGUGUAUGAAUUGCUGUAAAUGUUCUGCUCUGACUUGAUGAAACACAGUGGACCAACGCCAGCAGAUGAUGACUCCCCAAAUCAAAACUUCACACUGAAGCUAAAGUAAAUUUGGAUGCUGCGCCUCUUAAGGCUGCAGUGAUUUCUUUUGCAUGAGCGCCCUUAUAACUAUACUUUUCCCUCCACUUAAGUUUUCAUUAAUAUGAUUGAAUUCAUUACUCUUAACAGCCUUUUUGAGGCUUGUGGAAAGUGUUGGUGACUGUCUGCUGGACAACUGUCAAGUCUUCCCCACAAUCUUGUUAAAAAGCAUUUUCUUAUGGGUUUUAUGUAACACUUUAAUUGUCUGCGAAACUGUUUAUCAGCUGAAUGAGAUAAUCAUCAAACAGAUCUCUAAGUCUAUGAGUUAACCUGUUUAAAUGGGCUUAUCGAAACAAAUUUUGGAUCGUAUUCUAGUUUGAGAUGCACGUGAAUGUUUUUGUCAGAAAUGAGUCCUUAAACAGGCAGUCGUCGUAUCAGGAUGUCUGCUUUUGAAUAGUGGUUUCAGUUGAGUUUCCUGGUGCGAGAUUCAUGGAGAUGGCUUCACCAGAAAUAUCUGAGCUUUUUGGCAACCCGUUGAUUUAGAAAAUAAUCCCCUACUGAUGUCAAAUAGAGCCAAAAGAUUUCUUUUUUUUUUUAGGAAAGACUUUAAUUCACAUCGUUUUCCCGUAGCCUAUGUAUCAAACAAGUGUCCCUAUUUGAGAAUACAUAUUUUGUUAACGAAUUGUACAUAGUAAAGUAUGUAUUUUUGCACGGGCAUUUUUCCUACACGCUGAAUUUUCUGGUACAAUUUUCAAGGUUAUUUAUUAAAAACAACAAAAAAAAUCUGUCUGUGGACGUGACUAUUUGAAGUGGUUCACUGCCAAGUCUAUACAAUGCAAUACAGCUGUAUGUCGAAGCAUCUCAUGAAUCGUGUACUCAACCUUUAAGGAGAGACGGGGAGAUGUCGCCACUGUAGCAUGUGUCUGUACAAGAGAUACCUUUAUUCACUUACCAAGGUCUGAAUCACAUGUGCUUUUAUCUGGCGGUUUUAUGUUGCCUACAAAUCCAACUCUACGUGACCCCCGUUAGUGACCCCCGUUGGCAAUCUUUGCAAGGAAGAGGAUCAAUUCAAAACAGUCCUGCUAUUUGUUUCCUUGUUGCCAAACAAUUUAAAUCGCAGUUUUUACAGAAUGAGUUCAGCAGCUUUUAGAAAUAUCAAAUCAAGAAAGUGCCUGAAUUUGUUUCUCCCCCCCGACUCUUUGAGGACAGGAUUCGUUAAGGUCGUUCUACCCUAUUUGAAUGUUCAAAGUAUUGGAGUUUGGUUUAAUAUCAGCUUGUGAACCCUUAAAAGCCGAGCUUCUCAUCUACUCAGUAAAAACACUUUUGUCUUCAGACGACAUGUAGAAAUUUAGUUUUGUUCACCUUUUGAACUCCACUCAGAUUUUUGUUUCUUGUAGAUGGAAACAUUGAGGAUGUUUUGUUUUCUUCCGCACCGCAGACCUGGAAUGUUAACGUGAGAGAGAAUACAAGGAAAAAUCGAAAACACCAAACCCACCAUUCUUACUUUGUAAAAGCGUGUAUAGAUUUUUGUUUUUUUGUAUACAUUAUCAGAAUCAUUUUCAGCUGGACUUAUGUAUUGGCUGCUAUGUAAUUCAUGAACAAAACAUAGGUUAGAAUUAAUAUUUAAAGAAAAAGAUUGUAUAGUAUAUUUGUUUUGUAACAGGUUUGUGUAAAUAAAAUAAUUUAUACUGUUAUUUAUAUGAAA